CUUGUGUUGGAAGUUUCGGUAUCGGUAUAAGCAAUAUCUACUUAAAUGUCAAACUUAAUUUUUAAAUAUUCAAAUUGUUCGUGCUCUACUAUGAAACAAAAUUAAAAGUUUAAGUCACAAUCUGCCAUACCGAUUGAGUUGGAGCAGUCGAGAAAAUAUAAAAUAUAUAAAGUUUAUCUUUUUGCGCGCGAAAAUAACACUUGUGGCCUAAGGUUUACCAGAGGAGGCUAAUCGUCUCAAUUAAAGUGACCUCGUAGAUGAUAUUGUAAAGUUCACACAAGCAAGAAUGAAGUGCACGAUACCAGAGAUUUCUUGGCACAAUCGUGGUCCAGUGCUUAGUGUUGAUGUUCAAAAUGGAAGUUCCAAACUCUCUAUGGGAAACACCUUCUGGAGGCUCGCCUCGGGUGGUGCGGAUUCUCAUGUUUUGAUUUGGCAUUUAACUGUGAGUGAAACUAGUGAAGCCGCUGUAGCCUGUGUUGCUGAUCUCGAUAGGCAUCAGAAAACCGUGAAUGUUGUGAGAUUUUCACCUUCUGGCGAAAUGUUAGCUUCUGGAGAUGAUGAAUCAAUGAUCAUUCUUUGGAAGCAAAGAGAAAGUCUAGAGAUACCCAUUAUUUCCGACGAUGAUGAUUUUAUAAACAAAGAGCAUUGGAACUCUUUAAAAGUUUUAAGAGGACAUGUAGAGGAUGUCAAUGGCUUGAGUUGGUCUCCAGACUGUAGUUUUAUAGCAUCUAGCUCUUUGGACAAUUCAGUCAUUCUAUGGAAUGUUGAGAAAGGCAAAAAAAUCUGUAUAUUGAAUGAUUAUCCCAAAGGAUUUCCUCAAGGUGUUACUUGGGAUCCUAUGAAUAAAUAUGUGGCCAGUAUUAGCUCGGACAGAAUCUGCAGACUGAUUGACACUAGUUUAAAAAAAACUGUACAGCGCGUGAGCAAAUCAAAGAUUCCUACUCCAUCUGGACAUGCACUUGAUGGAAAAAUUGUUCGUUUGUUUUAUGAUGAUACUUUCAAAUCUUACUUUAGGAGAUUGACGUAUUCGCCAGAUGGUAUGCUUCUUUUAGUACCUUCAGGCAUUAUAGAACAUCAAGAAUCGGCAGAAAAAAUUGUCAACUGUAUACAUAUAUUUUCCAGACAUACUCUACGAGAACCCAUAGCUGUUCUUCCUUCUCAUGAAGAAGUGACAAAUGCUGUCAGAUGCUGUCCUAUGUAUUUCAAAUUACGAAAAGAAGGUCCUUCCUCUAUGAUGGAUUUACCAUACAGGAUGGUAUUUGCCGUUGCAACAGAUAAAUCUGUUAUGAUAUACGAUACUCAGCAAAUUUCACCCAUUGCAGUCAUUUCCAAUAUUCAUUACACUCGGGUGACAGACAUUGCUUGGUCUUCUGAUGGAAGAAUACUAAUUGCUUCAUCUUCCGACGGUUACUGUUCAAUAAUUCAUUUUGAUGAAGGAGAACUGGGAGAAACUUACGAAAAAGCUCCAGAAAUCGUAGAGCCAAAGAAAAAUGAAGUUAGACAAGAUACAAAAGAAACAAAAUCAUUGUUGGAUACAACUUUAGAUCAAAGUACAAAUGCCAUUGAUAUUGAUAUUUCUCAGGAAAAAUCCAAGGAAAUUUUAAGCAGCGAAAAAGAAAUGCAAUCUCCUAAGGAGAACAAUACUGGAAAAAAAAUAACACCUCUAAAAGAGAACAAAAACGAUACAGAAAUGAAAUCUCCCAAGAAAAAUGAAGAAGAAAAGAUAAGUGCUUCAGAAAUCAAACAGAAAGAAAACAAUGAUAAUACCAAUAAUGCAUCUGCAGAUGAUGAGGAUGAUUUUCAUUUAGUGUUGGAAGACACCAUCACGGAUACUGAUAAAUUGAAAGCCACUCCACCCAAGACUAAAGAAUCAGAAAAGCCGGCGACGCCCAUUGCGGCAAGGACACCUCGGAGGGUAUCUCUGAUAACUCUCUCGAGUCCAAAGGGGAAAAAGUUGUAACUCUCGCGUGUAAAUUAUGUAUGUAUAAUAUUUUAUAUUUAAUUUUAAUAAAAAUUCGUUUACAAAGUAUUUAAAAAAAAAACCAUUGUUUAUUUUAUUUAUUUUAAUAUAUUGACCACCUCAGCACUUUUAGUUUUGCCAGCUCCCAAUCUUUAAGGCUCCUUCCCUUGAUCCAACGGCGUUCUUUCAACUUUCUUCAAUUCAAAUCGUCCACUUUUCCAAUACGCAUGAUUGUCAAGGAAAAAAAAAAAAUCUCAAUAUUAUUACUCUCAACUACACCCUUGCAACUGCAUAAAAUAUUUACCAGAGUCUCAAACUCACAUCACUUCCCUGUUAUAUUUAUAUAAUAUCAGUAUAUACUGAAACGGUAAGGGUCAGGUUAGGAAUGGUUCAUUCGCGUUGUUUGUUUUGACUUUUUACAUAGGGUUGUUGGGGGUGUCUUUAGAUGUUGCUGCAGUUGCAGACUGACAGAAAGAGACACGAUAGCAUCAAAGAAGGUGCAGCUACUAGAAACAUGUAUUACACCCCAUAAUCUCCCAAAAGGGCUUUGUGUUUGAAGAAAAUCCAUGUAAGUCUAUAAAUUAUUUUUUUCCCAUUCAAAAGGAGAUUUUUCCUUUAAUUUUUAGGUAUGAUUGUAGAAGAGAUGAAAAAAAAUUUUCCAAUUCAACAAUUUGAAGAAAUUGAAACUUCAAUUGCAUAUGAUUCGUUGCAUGAAAAUUUUGAGUAUUCCAUCUGUAACUAUGAACCAGGUAAUUAUUGAUGGUUAUUGCAUUGAUUAUUAAUUUGGUGGAAACUUGAAAAGAUGAUUUGUAUGUAAUAGAGAAAAUCCAAAAUAGGGAGCCAACAUCAAAAACACCACAGCUCAAUGUUGCAAAAGAAUCAAGUUUGGAAGAGACCCAGUCAUCCAGUGAUGAAGGUCUGAUGUGUAAUUUUUAAUGACACUUGAAAAUAGGCUUGCACAAUAUUCACAAAACAACUAUUUACAGAUAAGGAGACACUUCCAAGGAAACUAAUGGGUCCACCUUGCAAAUGUCGUUUAGGCUGCUACAAC